AUGUGCAGUCUGACAGCAGCUGAUUGUAUCCUCCCUCCCUCUCCUCCCCUCUCUGCCUGUACCUGUACCGGAGAGAGUCAGGACCCGGAGAGAGUCUGGACCCGGAGAGAGUCAGGACCCGGAGAGAGUCUGGACCGAGAGUCUGGACCCGGAGAGAGUCAGGACCCGGAGAGAGUCUGGACCCGGAGAGAGUCUGGACCCGGAGAGAGUCUGGACCCGGAGAGAGUCAGGACCCGGAGAGAGUCAGGACCGAGAGUCUGGACCGAGAGUCUGGACCCGAGAGAGUCUGGACCGAGAGUCUGGACCCGGAGAGAGUCUGGACCCGGAGAGAGUCUAGACCCGGAGAGAGUCUGGACCCAGAGAGAGUCUGGACCCGGAGAGAGUCAUAACCCGGAGAGAGCCUGGACCCGGAGAGAGUCAGGACCCGGAGAGAGUCUGGACCGAGAGUCUGGACCCGGAGAGAGUCUGGACCCGAGAGAGUCAGGACCCGGAGAGAGUCAGGACCCGGAGAGAGUCUGGACCCGGAGAGAGUCAGGACCCGGAGAGAGUCUGGACCGAGAGUCUGGACCCGGAGAGAGUGGACCGAGAGUCUGGACCCGGAGAGAGUCUGGACCCAGAGAGAGUCUGGACCCGGAGAGAGUGGACCGAGAGUCUGGACCCGGAGAGAGUCUGGACCCGGAGAGAGUCUGGACCCAGAGAGAGUCUGGACCCAGAGAGAGUCUGGACCCAGAGAGGGACCCUGGGCCUUACUGCUUCCCUCCUCUCAAAUGUGUUUAA